AUGACGCUGUGGAGGCUCCGGACGCUGUUGUGGAAGCUGGUGUUCGGGCCUGUUCUUGCGGCUAUGGCGAUCUGGUUAUAUCCUAUUUACAGGAUGGAUUCCAAGGGAAAAGAUGUUGUGAUUAGAGGAGAUACCUCUAGUGAGGAUGAUGCUGAUGCUUCAGCAAUGUUGCGAAAUAUAGCGCGGCAGGCUAGAAAGGAAAAUAGGAGGGACUCUAGAGAGCGGGAUCAGUCAGUGAAACUAGUGGGAGACGCAAAGAGAUGGUGGAGAUCGGUAAAACUAGUGGAGGAGCAUCGCCUAGAGCCGGCGGCUAUCACUUGGAGCCAGUUCAGGGAGGUUUUCUUCGACAAGUAUUUCCUCGCUGUCACCCGCGUAGCUAAGGUAGAGGAAUUCCUGCAACUGACUCAGGGGCCCAUAACUAUGCAGCAGUAUGCGGCCAAGUUUGUGGAGUUAUCCUGUUUCGCGCCACAUAUGAUUCCGAACGAGCUGCUAAAGGCACGGAUUUUUGAGAGAGGACUGAAACAGAGCAUACGUGCGCAAGUGGUGGCAUUGUUAACCCAGAGCUUUUUUGAGUUAGUGGAUUGGGCCAUGGCAGUUGAGGCCAGCAUUCAGGAGGGGGAGAGUGUCGUGAACUAG